AUGUCUGGUAGAGGCAAAACUGGAGUAAAGGAAAAGUCCCGUUCCUCCCGCGCCGGCCUUCAAUUCCCUGUAAGACGUGUCCACAGGUUACUGCGCAAAGGCAACUAUGCAGAGUGUGUCGGUGCUGGAGCUCCAGUGUAUUUGGCUACUGUGCUUGAAUACCUAACCACUGAGAUCCUCGAGUUGGCUGGCAACGCUGCAAGGGAUAAUAAGACCAGAAUCAUCCCCCGCCACCUUCAGCUGGCAAUCCGCAACGACGAGGAACUCGAAAAGCUUUUAGGUGGCGUCACCAUCGCUCAAGGAGUAUUGCCAAAUAUUGCUGUCCUACCCAAGAAGACUGAAAAACCAGCAAAGAACAAAUAA